AUUAACAACAUAUUUUCGAACUUGUUGCCUUGCCUUGCCUUAAAUUUCAUCAUUUUUUCCCCCUCAUUUGCAUGUAAAACUCCAUAUCCCCCAAGAAAUACACAAAAUAGGCAUUACCUUAACAAUAUCCUCUCCUAAUUAGGCAGGGCUAAGCUCCUUUAUUAAGAAGAUCAUUCAAAUAUUGACUAGAGGAAGACUUUCACUUGGUGGGGAAGGUGUUAAAGGAAAAAAAAAACAUCAAAAAAAAGAUUUCUUUUUCUUAUUAAUUAAGUAACUGCUAUAUUACUGUAAUCAAUAAGUUUUUUUUUUUUUUGAAAAAAAAAAUAUAAAGAGGGGAGUUUAUAUUUUGUUUAAAGCAGCAGAGGAAGGAAGAAUAUAGGAAAAUCCUUAAUGGACAAUCUUUUUGGUCUUUUAAGAAUCAAAAUUAAGAGAGGUAUAAACCUCGCUGUACGUGAUGUCCGCAGCAGUGAUCCCUAUGUUGUUGUCAAAAUGGGUAACCAGAAACUGAAGACGCGAGUUAUAAAGAAGGAUGUUAAUCCUGAAUGGAAUGAACAUCUUACCCUUUCUGUAUCAGAUGCAAAUCUUCCUGUUAAGCUGACUGUAUACGAUCACGAUAUGUUCAGCAUGGAUGACAAAAUGGGAGAUGCAGAAUUUGAUAUCAAACCAUUUUUAGAUGCUUUGAAAAUGAAGUUAGAUUCUCUCCCAAGUGGCACAGUGAUCACAAGAGAAACGCCGUGCAGGACAAACUGUCUGUCUGAAGAGAGCAAAGUGACAUGGCAAGACAACCAAGUUGUGCAAGAUAUGUGCUUGAGAUUGAGAAAUGUCGAGUGUGGAGAGGUCGAACUUCAACUUCAGUGGAUCAAUAUUCCUGGAAGCAAACGUUUAUAGAGUUUAUCUCUUCUGUUGUUUAUUCUAACCUAAUUUAACUCUUCAAUGGAUCAAUUUGAUAUUCGAGUUUCACAUAUAUAGGCCAGAAUUGAUAAAUAUGCCUUGGUACAACAGAAGGUCUGCACUCUGCAGCUUAGUAAAAUCUGAUUUCAAACAUUCUAUAUAUAUUUUGUUUGCUGA